AUGACAACUGCUAGAAUCUGUGAAUUCAAUAAGAAAUUUAAUACUAAUUUUCAAAUUUAUAUGCCCAAACAUAGACAUUUUCAACCAAAGAAAGUAUCCGAGGAAUUAGAUUGGGUAUUUUACUUACAUAAAUCGCAUUUCUGUCUCAUUAGAAGAAAUAACCAAACCUUAGGCAUUACAGAAAUAGAAGAUAAUUACGAUGAAAACGUAUGGAGAACUUGUAGAGAUGAUAAUGCGAUAACGCAAGUUUCACCUCUAAAACUAAACGCUUUUCCAACCAUUCACGAUGAUUGUUUAUACGCAUGGGAUUGCGAAACCUAUAACGAAAAUAAAGCCAUACCUUUUUCUUGCACGUUAAUUAAUUUAGAAAAACUAAGAAAAAUGUUAGAGAGAAUAAAUAAUCUCUUUCCAGAUUUAAAGGCGACAGAUCCCAUUCCAGAAGAAUUUUAUAAUAAAUUAAUGAAUAUAGUAGAAAUAUUUGUAGGUACAGAUUGUAUCGAUCAAAUGUUACAACGUUUAGGAAAAAUAGAUCAAAAAAGAAUAACAUUAAUUGCUCAUUACGGUAGCGGUUUUGAUAACUGGAUCAUGAUCAAAAACGGUUGGUAUUAUUUAUAUCAUUACGAUAAAGAAAUGGUUGAAGAAGAAUGGUAUGAAAGUACUAGAAUGGUUCCGAAACACACCGAAAAAGAAAACGUAGAAAAAGUUUACUCACAUACUCACCCUUUUAUAAGAUAUUUUAUCAGACAAAGUAUUAAAGGAGGAAGAGUUUCGACAAAUCGAAAAUCAUUUGAAACGAAUGAAAUGGAAGAAAUUUGUAAUAUAUUAAAGGAAUACACAGAAACACCAAGUGAUAAUAUAAUUGAUUUAUUCAAAGAAUAUAGUGCUAACCCAAAAGAUAAAACGGAGGUUCAUUCGAGACUUAAAAAAAUAAAAUGUACUAAACUAAUGGCCUUUGAUGCUAACGGUUUGUACGCUUCCGCCAUGUCGGAUUUAGACAGCGAAUAUCCGAGAGCGGAAAGUGGUAGACCAUUUCGACAAGAAGAAAAUAAAGAAUUUGUUAAUCUCUUUAAUGAGCAGAAAUUUAGACCUAGAACGGCUAUUUUAAAAGUCUGGUUUGAAUAUCCUACUAACAUGUUCUUCCAACCCAUACCAGCUAAAGAUAAAAUCAGUUUUACGAAUAGAAUAGGUAAAAAGGAAACUGGCACUAAAAUCAGGUUCAGAAAUGGUUUCUGUCACGACGUUUUAACAUCGGUCGAUAUUCAAGAAACAGUGAAAGUCGGUGGACGAAUUAUUAAAAUAUUAGAUGGUAUAGUUUACGAAGAAAAUUUUAAAACUCCACCCUAUAGAGAUUAUAUUUUAAUUUUGAGAGAUCUAAGAAAUAAAUAUAAACGAGAAGGUAAUAUCGUAGGUAGUAAUUGCAUGAAAUUAUUAGGUAAUUCAUUGUAUGGUAAAUCUAUUCAGAAGGAUAUAACUACAUCGAGACAUCUAUGGAGUGAAGCGACUUUAAAAGCCAACUUCGAUUCACACGUUAUAAACUAUGAAAAAGUAAAUGAUAGUCAAUAUAUAGUUGAGAUAAAUGGAGAAGAAAAAGAAUUUGACUGUACACCUCCUAAAUCUACACGACUAACACCUAGUCAUUUGGGAUCAUUCGUUUUAUCUCACAGUAAAAAAAUAAUGAAUAAUUUUAUUCGCGUGAUAGAUGGAUUUUAUAAGCCUGAAAUAUACUAUACGGAUACCGAUAGUUUUUACAUUUCGUCUAGCAAUCGGGAUAAAUUAAAUGAAGGUGGGUUGGUGUCCGAAAAUGAUUAUUGUAAAGGAAAGAAUGAUUACGGUGAUGGUGGAAUUAUAUUUGGUUUAUAUUUAGCGCCAAAAAUUAAAUACAAUAUCAUUCUAACUUCCGAUGGUGUUCUAAAAGAAAUAAAAACGUUUAAGGGUUACUCUAAAGAUAAGAUAACCGUAGAAGAUUAUAUUCGAUUAGCUAAUGAACACGGUGUAACGAAUGAAUUUAAGAAACCAUGGGUAAAAAAAUUUUCACCAAUGGAGUAG